AACAUCGGUACAUUUAACAUAGGAACUAUGUGGAUCUCAGCGGUGAUAUGUUAUUCUCUUAUACUAGUACUAUCCCUCUUGGGAAUUCAGUAUCACAUCAAUCUAUUUAAAUACCCACUUUAUCUUACCAUACCCAUUACACUAGCAGUGUUUAUCCCCAUGUCAAUCAUAUUCUUGCUUCCAUUGGAUUAUAUAAGUCAUAAUAGCACUCUGGAACUCAUAUGGUUUAAAUUGCCAGAUUCAGUUAUCCUCAUAAUCUGGAAAGUCAACUAUUGGACGACGUUUGCGUUGACCUGGUUGGUCUUGCCCAUGUUAUUAGAGUUUUACCGAUCCGGACAUAACAAGACGUGGGACAGGUUGAGAGAUUCUAUCAAGGCCAAUUUGAAGUUCCAGGCCGUGAUGUUGGGUGUGUCUUUGCUUGGAGUGGUGUACCUCAUGGUUGAAGUGGGGCUUUCACCCAGCCAUUUGAAAAUGAUGAUUAUUGCAUUGUCACAUGUCUACUCCUUGAUUUUGGCACUUUGGUUAAUGGCCCAUGGAUUGAUCACCAUACCUCGAAACAAAUGGAUUCUGGGGAAUAUCGGAAAAGAUUUAAACUUUCAGUAUUUGAAAUUGCCUAAAUUGGUGGAUGAAUUGGAAGAUGUCAAGAUUUCAUUUAGAGAGCAAGUUCUUAUUGUGGUGUCACUCACCCGGAACUUCACCAGUGACUCAAUGGAGGAUUUUAAGUACCGCGACUGGAUAUUGAAGUUGUAUAAUUCAAUCCCUGGUGAUAUUAAAGAGAAUGUCGAGAGACAGUUUAUCCAUGAAAAUAUCAAUAUUUCCAGAAGCGAACUAAAUGAUUCAUUUAUGACCAAGUUGAAUUCGAACUUCAAUCUGAAUUUGCAUAGAUUAGUAGGAUACCAGGCGGAAUUUAACAAUUUGUUUAGAAGGAUUAUCAGAUUGGAGGAUACAUUAAACUCCGUAGGAUCUCGAGAAUUAUCAUUUAGGAUUGAUAACCAUAAAGUAUUGUUUUCGCCAAAGGUGAACUUUAUCUAUUGGUACUACUACCUUCCUACUGUCAACAGAUUAACUUCAGUGUUUUUGUCUAUUUCAUCAUUCAUAUUAUUACAAUCUGAAUUCUUUCAUUCCACAAAAUUAUCAUUACUUAAUCAUUUGGUAUAUUCAUCCGGGAUAAACGGCGCUCCCCUCUUCCAGUUUGUGAUAUCAUCAUUGGUGUUUUCGUACAUGCUAUUCUGUGCCUUGAAUUCAUUAACUCACUUGAAGAUUUUUAAUAUGUACCACUUGGUAGCCCAUGAAUCUGACCCCGUUAGUGGAUGUUGGUAUACUAUGUAUAUCGCAAGAUUGACUAUUCCCUUGAGUUACAAUUUCAUUACAUUGUUUAUUUCAAGGGAAUCAAUUUUUGAAAAAUGGUUUGGGGAGUCGAUUCAUUUGACGGGAUUGUUCAACUUGUUGAACAAUUGGACACCUCGAUUGGUUUUGAUUCCGGUAAUACUUGCUAUGUUUAGAGUGUAUGAUAAAGUUAAGAAGAAGUUGGGGUUUGGUGAUUUGUAUGAUUCCUGGACCUUGUUUGACGACGAUGAGGAAGGUGACCCUGCUAAACGACAAGAUUUGAUUAUCGUCGAAGCCAAACGGAUCGUCAACCGAGAAAUGUCAAAGCGAGAAUUACAAUUGCGUCCGUUCAAUUUGAGAAAUGAAGAUGUUUCUGCAGCCGAUAUGAAUUACGAAAACAAUAGACGUCAAUUUCAUGAUGUGUUGGUGGACAAUAUCAACAAUCGAAUCGAUCAAGAAGAAACAUACUUCAAUGGAACGAUAAUCACACCGGAGAGCACAUCGAUUUGGGGCAGGUUGGGAAACACAUUCACUUCCAUUAGAGAUAACGUUAAUAGAACUAUUGGGAGGGGAAACACGAGUUAUAGAGAUGAAGAAUCGUUGGAGGAUUUUAAUUAUGAUGAUGAUGCUAAUGAGAAUUUAGUUAUAUAGUUUGAUAAUACAUGAUUAUUUAUUAGAAUCACCCAGAAGGUGGCGUACAAGUUCAUAUUAAAUACUCAGAUUGGGUUUUUGUUUAAUCUUAUAGGAACAAGUUUAUCACAAGGAGUGAUAUAGGUAUCAUCACUUGAAAUUCGGUCUAUGAAAUAACAAUGUCCCUGAUAUAAAACCUGUUCCAACUGAUUAAACGUCUGUAACAAUGUUCUAGUUUUGUGGAUUUGAAAAAUUAAACAUUCUGGAGCCACAUUGGUGUUGUCUUUU